AAUUGAUUUCUUAAAACAGUCCCACCCAUUUCAAAGCACACAUUAAAUAGCCUGUUAACAAUAGUCUAAACACACAGUUGGGCAGGAGCAGGAAGGACGCCUCUCUAACUAUUUUUUUCUUAAGAAGGACAUCCCUUGCUUGACCUGAAGAGGUGUAACCAGUUGGUUGCGGAACUGAAAGCUGUAGAUCUUGACUGGGAACACGAUGGGGAACGAGCAUUCCACGAACGAGGAUGUCACCAAGAAUGGGAAGAUAAGUGAGAAGCAUGAAAAUGGAUCAGCGAAUGGUCUCACGGCAAACGUUGGAGUUAAUGGACUAGAGACACAUGGUAAGAGUGAGACUAUAGUCCAACAAAAUGGCGAGUCCCACACUCUAAACCCUACAACAGAAUCAUCUGAGUUUGUGAUAGUGGAAUCAGUCUCUCAGCCUGUCAGUGCGCCGGUUGUUUCUGAAGUCCCUGACACCAACGUAAAGAAGGAAGAGGCGAAGAAGGGCAAAGAAGAGAAACCAAAGCUUUUUGGCAAAGUGUUCAAAAAGAAAGCAGAACCUGCAGCUGAUGUGGGGAAAGAAAAAGAAAAAGAGAAAGAGAAAGAAAAUGAAAAAGAAAAUGAAAAUGAAAAUGAAAAAGAAAAUGAAAAAGAAAAUGAAAAAGAAAAUGAAAAAGAAAAAGAGACCACAAGUGAAGAUCAGCCAGAUGUAAGUCUUCCUCCCAGUGAACCACAGCAGGACACAGCCAAUCUAAAGGAAGAAUCUGAAUCAUUAACGGAGGCAGAAAGUGCGACUCUAGACUCCAGUCCAGAGGAAGACAAAGUUCCUGACGCUGACAACGGAAACAGCAAGCCUGUGGACAGCAAAGAGGAGAGUAACCCAGAAAAGAAUCCAGUUAUGAACUUCUUCAAAACCCUAGUGCCUACCAAAACAACCAAAAAGGAAACAGCUACUCCUGAUGUCACAAAAGAUCAGUCCCAGAAGGAGACCCAACCUGCAGCAACCACUACUGUUGCACAAAUAUCUGAGCCGCCUGCAGCAUCCAAAGGAAUGUCUAUCCCACCACCGCCUCCUCCGGAGCCACCGAAAAUGGAGGUCAAAGCAGAACCAGCAGCCAAACCUGUUAAGCCUUCGCCAAAAGAAGAACCAAAAGCUGCUGCAAAGGAACCUGAGACCUCAAAGGGCAAAUCAGCCAAAGGCACCCUGAGCAAAUUCUUCCGCCCAAAGGUACUGCUAGGAUUCAAGACAUCCAAAGGCAAGGCUGCUUCAGCAAGCGGAGCCAAGGCUGCAGCAGUGACAACCAGUGAGGCACCAGAGUCAGUUGUAGACGGAAAGGAUACACCCGAGGAGGCACCAGUGCCUGUUGUAGAAGUGCAGACUGAAAGUAAGGCUGAACCUCAGGAGGCAGCAGCAGCAGAGGCAGAGGUGACACAGCCAGUUGUAGAAGUGCAGAUGGUGACAGAGGUGCCACAGCCAGUGGUAGAAGCUGAGAAGGUGGACCCGUCAAAAGCUGGCACUCUGGAGGCAUCUGCAAAGCCAGAACCGCCACCACCUGUUCAGGAAGAGAAGAAAGAUGCCUCUAAAUCGCCCUUCCUUUCCUUCUUCAAACCAAAAGUACUGUUAGAUCACAUGACCACAAAAGUCCAAGCAGCCUCCACAAGUGGAGUUCGGCUCCUCAGGAAAACUACUGGACUGGCUGCUGAGCCCAAGAAGGCGACCCCGACCGCGCCCGCAGCAGCAGGAGAGCCAUCUCAAGCAGUUAAAGCCAAAGAGGAACCGAAAGCAGCAGCCAAGUCAUCAGAGGCAGCGGCAGAUAACAAACCAGCAUCCGUGGCCUCCCAAGCAGGAGAUGAUGCAGCCAAUGUACCCAGAAAACUGGAGAAGAGGAACUCCAUCCAGCUGUUCUUUAAGAAUCUGGGUCAGAAGCGUCACUCUACAGAUGCUGGCGUCCAGACAGAGCCAGCGGUCGCUGCUCCAGGAGCUGAGAAAGCCAAAUGAAACCACAACCAUCUCUUUCCCUGUACAGACCCCCUUUCUCUAUCUAGCUCUUACCCAAUCUUUAUCUCUCUCGCCCCCCUUCAUUACUUUAACUACAUUUUUGUUACUUUUGCGGAGAAAGGAAAGGUUAUUGGAAGGUUAAAGGAAAGUGAGCAGCUCUGAGGCAGAGGUAGGUAGCGGUGAACUGGUGGAGAUAUGAAAAGGCGUAGUGAGAAGGAAAGGUUGUUGAGAUAUAUUUUUGGUCAUAUAAAUGUCUUGACAAGUACUGCAACGUGAGCGUGAAACAUUUUCUACAGACGUUUAAUGAAUCUCUAUUUUGCAGCCUAACACAUUGGGGCUUGUAGCGACACGCUUCGCUUUUAGCUAUUAUUUUGACUGCAAAUUUUAAAAAGUCAUAUAUUUUUACAGUUCAUACCAGAAUAUACAUGCAGUUGUGGUAAUGCAGAGGUUAAUUUGAGAAGGUACUUAAAUAUAAAAAUAAGAUGUAAUAAUAUAGCCGAUAUAAGGAGCAAGCUUAUGUAGCAGAUUGCACUUACUUUUUCUUUUUCUUUUUUUUUUUUUUAAUUAAACUCCAUGUAGACUAAAGCACAGACAUACAUACUGUAACAGUUACAUGUUGGGUCGCACGGGAAAUCACAAUCUUCACUGUUCUGUGGGGAACCUGUUGUAAAUAUUCACAAGCGCAUCUACAGUGGCAAAAUGGUGUCAUUGUGCAAAUGUGUCCUUGCCGUCCAUUUUCCAGUCGCAACCGAUGAGCUUUUCGCUCGAUUGCAGCACUCUGUGUCCUGUCAUUUAACCACUGAAGUCCAGUCAUUUGACAUGUAUGUGCAAUUAACAUGAGGCUCCUGUUUGCCAACGUGUAUGUGUGUAUGCGUAACUUCAGCUAUCUCAAAGAAAAUAAAUAAGUUCUCCCGUU